AUGACCUCUCUGGCGGAGCAAUUCCUAGACGACGUAGAAUCGUCCGAGAGCGAAGACGAGCAAUUGAAAGAAGAAAAAAAUGGCGAACGUGAAGUGCAAAGAAAGGAGUCGAAGAGCAAUGAUGACGAAAUGGCUAUUGACGCAGAGCGUCCGGCAGAGGGAAUCUUGUCGCUUGAAGCUCGAGUCGCAUUUGUUCUGAAGCAUAUUGAAGAAAUUCGAUCGGGUCUGCGCGUCCCAGAUAUCUCCACUGGCACAAGCGGCCAAAAUACUGAUGAUGAAGAAUACACUUUGGUGGGAAACUGCAUGGAAAUUGCCGCAGACAUAGACGAAGAAAUUCGUUCCUUACACGGCCAGCUUGUGGAGGCGUUCUCCCCAAAUUUUCCAGAGCUACAGACCCUUAUUUUCAAUCCCCUUGACUAUGCGCGAGUGGCCUUGCUUGCUGGAAAUGUGGACGACUUGAAGAAAGUGGAUUUGCGAAAGAUCUUACCAUCAGGAAGUGUUAUCGCUGUACAGGUAACCGCAGCAUCUUCUGCUAGAAGGGCACUCACGCAAGAAGAGCUGAAUCGGGUGAAACAGCAGUGCAGUGAAUUGAUUUCGCUCGACGAAUCGAAGCUAAAGAUUUUGGACUAUGUGGAGAGUCGGGCGAGCUACAUGGCCCCAAACCUGGUGGAAGUAGUGGGAGGCGCUGUCGCUGCAAAGUUAAUGGGAAUUGCCGGCGGCUUGCGCGAAUUAGCGUACAUGCCGAGUUCCAAUGUGAAAGUGCUCGGCAAGGGGAAAAAAACUUUGCAAGGCACAUCGUCCGCUACCACCAAGCUACAUGAAGGGGUGAUAUAUACAUGCCCUCUCGUUAUAAAUCUUCCCAAACAGUACAGGUCGAAGGCAGGAGACGUCCUAACGGGAAAGGCCUCUCUUGCGGCGAGGGUCGAUGCCUGCCGCGAACAACUAGAUGGAAAUGUGGGUCGCAAGCUUCGGGAAAAGUUGGAAGAAAAAUUCCUGAAGUGGCAGGAGCCGCCACCAGCUAAAACGUUAAAACCUUUACCAAUACCCGGGGAUGAGGCAAAGAGGAAACACCGCGGAGGAAAACGAGCCAGACGAGAAAAAGAGCGCCUUGGUAUCACGGAUAUUCGAAGGCUAGCCAAUCGGGUCAAGUUUGGCCAACAAGAGGAGGUGGUGGGGAAUGACUUGGAGAACGAAGGCUUCGGAAUGCUCGGUGCGGAAGGUUCAAAGCGAUUGCGAAUCCAGUCGAAAAAGACAGAUUCAGUUUCGAUUGCAGCCAAGAGGCGAUUGGCGAAGCAGAAAGGUCGGAACGGAAUCAGUGAAGCCGCGGCUUUGGGAAUAACCACAAAUUUAGCGGACGGUAUUGAGCUCGGCGCGAUAACCCCAGCCCCUGGUGGUGUGGGAUUGGGAUCUAUGAAUACGAAUGCGGCGAAGAGUGAAACCAACUACUUCUCACCAUCAACGCGUUUCAUGCAGGUCAAGAAAGAAGAGUAA